AAUCUUUUACUUCAGGAUACAAGGCAAAUAGGCGUCUUAAGUUGAUAUAAGAGCUCAAAUUGCAGCGUGUGCAACACCUUGUCUGGGACAACCCUCCCGAGGCCGCCAGACAAUUGGGCCUUGCUCAAUAGGUGUCUGUGAUGGCUGCGUUACUCCUCCUGCCGCUUGGGCACCGAGCUUUGCGCCGCCUUCUCGGGCCACAAGUGGACACCCCGACCCAGGUGCCAGCAAGGUCGGGCGUGAUAUGUAAUGGUCGUAACGAUGGGGCGUCAGGUGGUAAACGCCGGCGCAGCAGCGGCGGCAAGAGCCGACGGGUGGACUUCCAAGGGCCCACUGUAGAUGACGCUCUGUGGUAUGAGGGCGACAAGGCGCCCGCGGCGCCCUCCACCUCGUCCCCGUCCUUGCGGCCGCCCCCGAGCGGCCCCUCUCGCCCGCAGCACUCCUCACCCGCGUCCUCCCGUGGCGCCUACCAACGUACCGGCAACCAGGGAGGCAAUGGGCGGCGGGGCCGGGGUGCUCGGGAGGAUGAUGACGAGGACGAGGGCGACGUGCGGGGCUGGUGGGAGAAGCCCGAGGAGCGCAACCUGCAGUCGUUCGCGCCCCGGGCUCUGGAGCAGUGGCAGGAGGAGCGGCUGCAGCUGGCUUACUCCACAGGCAGGCGGAAGGCCAACAUCCAGGAGCUGGCUCGGGAGUUGGAUCUGGACCGGGCGGUGGUGCUGGCCUGGUUCAAGGAGUUCAGCCUGAGGCCGGCGGGUGAGCGUGAGGCCAUCCUCACGGCCCGGCGGGGUGAGGACGCGGUGCGUAAGGUGGAGCAGGCCAGCCGGGACGCGGCAGAGGCGGCCACGGGGCAAGCCAAGGCGGACGCGCGCAUCGCGGAGGCGGCCACGGGUGCCCCGGGCGCGGCCGGGUCGGGCUUCAUCCCAUACUUCACCCGCAAGCAGCUGGGUGCGGACAAGACCAAGCGCAUCAGUGGGGAGGCGCUGCGCACGCUGGAGUCCAUAUACGACCGCACGCCCUUCCCCUCGGGUGACGUGGUCCGCGGCCUGUAUGAGUUGCACCGGCUGUCUCGGGACGUGGUGAGCGAGUGGUUUGCUGCGCGGCGGGCGGCGGACGGCAUCACCAGCUCCACGCAAAAGCGCACAGCCCGGCCCAGCCUGAGGGAGCGGGACAGGGACGUGGAGGGCGCCUUCGCGGGUCCCGAGGAGCCGGUGUCUGGGCCGCAGGAGUCUGCCAGCCUGCUGUCCAUGCUGGGGGGCAACAACAUGACGCCGGCAGCGGCGGCAGCGGCGGGGCCGGGGGCGCCGCAGAAGCCGGCAGAGCCCGUGGUGGUGACUCUGUCCAAGCGCGAGAUGGCGGCUCUGCGCUCCUCACUGCCCAGCCCCAACAAGUACAAGGGCCGGCAGCUGGCGGAGAAGAUGGGCAUUAAAUCAUCAGACUCGUCGGGGCGUUCCGGGGGGCCCCAAAUCCAGAUCCAGGACGUGCAGUACGUGCAGGAGCCCGAGGCCGCGCCCGAGGCAGUCAAGCAGCGCCUCAAGGCCAGCUGGAGGUACCGCGCCGCGGCGGGAGCGGGCGGGGCCGGCGGUGGAGGCGCGGGGCCGGCGGCGGGCGCGGCGGGCGGCCGGCUGCGGCUGCGCACUCGGGGCGGCGGCAACGGCAGCGGCAGGGGAUCGGAUGAGUAACGUAAGGCUAGGUAAAUCAAUGUAAGGCGAUGGGUCUGUGGUGCUGAGUAGGUUGAUAUAGCAGGGCAGUGAUGCAAAUGGCUGAGUAGGUGUGAAGUUGUUGGUAAUUUGGUAUUGAGUGCCUCUCCCAGGCCGCGGGAAAGAAGUUAGGAUGCGGUAGAUUGUGAAGGCGUAGGUGCUGCGACCCUUCCGAGGGUGGUGAACCGCCUGCAGCUGCCUGCAGGCGCCUGCUGUCUGCUUGGUAGUGAGUGGCAGGCCGCAGGCGGUUACGAGCAAGAUAUGUGCAUUACACCAUAGUUGUGAUUCUUGCCGCAAAGCUGUGUGCAUGCGUGUAAGCCGCUGCCGCA